GAACAGACGCCAUGUGGCUAAAAGUCUUCAUUUUGAUCAUCAGCUUGUGUAGCUGUCAGCCCGCAUCAGUGUUCCUGGGAGCAGAACAGGCCCAUAAGCUCCUGGUCAGGACAAAGAGAUAUAACUCCGGCUGGUUUGAGGAGGUAAAGAGAGGAAGUUUGGAGCAGGAGUGCCUGGAGGAGAAGUGCUCCUUCGAGGAGGCCAGGGAGGUCUUCGAGCACACCGAACUAACGAAUGAGUUUUGGAAGACAUACGAAGACCUGUGUGUGUCCAACCCAUGUCUAAACGGAGGCAUCUGCCAAAGUAAAGCCAACGGCUACGACUGCUUCUGUCCAGCAGAGUUCAUCGGACGCGUCUGUGAGCGCGAGGCUAAAGUCGUCCCAACUUGCGCGCUGGAUAAUGGGGGUUGUGAACAUUUCUGCGAAGGAGAAGUCGGGAAGGUCAACUGCUCCUGUGCAGAUGGCUACUUCCUGGGAGCCGAUGGGAAGAGCUGCUUGCCGCAAGAGCCAAUAACCUGUGGGACACUUCCUGUUCUGCCGGGUUCAGUGAAAGCUGACCAGGUGGAUCCACGCUCUCGCAUCGUCGGAGGUACCGUGUGUCCCAAAGGUCACUGCCCCUGGCAGGUGCUGCUGGUGUAUAAAGACAAGGGCUUCUGUGGGGGGAUGAUCUACAAACCCACCUGGGUCAUCACAGCCUCUCACUGCGUGGAAGACACUCGGGUCCGCUACCUGCAGGUGGUCGCAGGUGAACACGACAUACUGGUGAAUGAGGGAACAGAACAGGUGAUCCAGGUGGCUGAGAUUAUCAUGCACGAGUCCUAUGACUCAGCCGUGGCCAACAACGACAUCGCCCUCCUCCGCCUGGAGAGGCCCAUCUCCUACAACCCGUACGCUGUGCCCGUUUGCCUCCCCACGCGGGCCCUGGCGGAGCGCGACCUCUGGGGGGUGGGCAUGCACACGGUCAGUGGGUGGGGCCGCCGCAGUGAAAACGGACCCACCUCCAACUACCUGCGACGGCUGCAGGUUCCUGUCAUCAGGACCCAGACGUGCAUCGAGGAGAGUCAUGUGGUCCUGACAGACAACAUGUUCUGUGCUGGCUACCUCGACGGCAGCAUGGACUCCUGUAAGGGAGACAGUGGUGGACCGCUGGUGACCAGGUACCGCAAGACGGUGUUCCUCUUGGGCAUCGUGAGCUGGGGGAAGGGGUGCGCACGGCCCGGCAACUAUGGCAUCUACACUCGUGUGUCCAAGUAUUUGGAAUGGAUCCACAACCACACAAGACCACUGGCUCGGCUGCAGAAUGACACAGAGGCGCUGAUCCAUAACCUGACGAUCUUCCUGGACGAGGACGACGCUCAUGCGGUCUUGCAGAGGUUCCGACGUGCCAACAGCGGCUUCCUGGAGGAGCUGAAACCGGGGAACCUGGAGAGGGAGUGCAUCGAGGAGGUCUGUGACUACGAGGAGGCGCGGGAGGUGUUCGAGGACAAUGACCAAACGUGCCUGGAGGGCUUCGAAGGGAGAUACUGCCAAACAGUUUUUGAGGACAGCCUGAAGUGUCUGUAUCAGAAUGGAGGCUGUCAGCACUUCUGUGACGGCUCCGGACCCAAACGCAAAUGUUCCUGUGCUGACGGAUACGCUCUGGGAGACGACAGCCGGGAGUGUGUCGCUCGGGUCCAGUAUCCAUGUGGUCGAAUCCCUCCGCAGCCAGAAGGGAACCAGACCAUGCAGAGCCAGACCAGACUAGUCGGGGGGAACGACUGUCCUAAAGGAGAAUGUCCCUGGCAGGUUCUGGUCCAGUACAGAGGUAACAGUCAUUGUGGAGGCGUUCUGGUCCAUCCAGACUGGGUUAUCACCGCCGCCCACUGUAUCCAUGGAAACGACACCCAAACCCUCACCGUGGUGGCAGGGGAACACAACCUGGACCAGGAAGAGGGAACAGAGCAGAGGAUUUCUGUCUCGAUGGUGAUCGCCCAUGAGCACUACGCCCCAGAGACGGGUGACAGUGACAUAGCGCUGCUGCGUCUGAGCCAGCCAGUGAUCCUCGGCCGCCACGCCGUGCCCAUCUGCCUGCCACGGAGACACUUCCUGGAGAGCGAGCUGACCACCGUGCGCUACCACAACGUCAUGGGCUGGGGCAGAAGAACCACUGGGGGAAACGUGGAGAAACCAGGUACCCUGCCACAUCCCUCCUCUCCGGUGCUCCGACGCCUGUCCAUUCCCAUCCUCCCAAACUCCCAGUGCUCCCAGCGGGGCGGAUUCAACUUUACCCAGCACAUGCUGUGUGCCGGCUACCUGGAGGGCAACCAGCCUAGCUGCAGGGGAGAUGAUGGAAGCCCAUUGGUCACGGUCUAUGGCUCCACCCACUUUCUGACAGGUGUGGUUGGCUGGGGGAGGGGCUGUCCCCACCCCGGGUAUUACGGGGUGUAUGCUAACAUGGCCUACUUUGUGGACUGGUUGGAAAGUACUAUGAAAGCCCCGCCCACCAUGCCUGUAGCCAAUAAGAACCAGGUAGAGAAAGCAGCACCUUCACCUGAUGUCAUGCCAGAACAGAAAUUAAUGUAUAAAGAAGCCAUUGUCAUUGUCCUGGCUCAGUCUGAGUUUCCAGCUUCCCCUCUGGAGGAAUCAUCCGCCAUGUUUUGGCCGUUCCAAGCCUUCGUCUGUCUCCUGCUGCUGCAGCAUGCCACCUCAGCGGUGUUUCUGGAUGGCCAGUCGGCCAGUGAGGUCCUGAGUCGCAGGAGGAGAGCCAACAGCAUGUUUGAGGAGCUCAGAAAGGGGGAUAUGGAGAGAGAGUGUUUGGAGGAGAUCUGCAACAGAGAGGAGGCGCGGGAGAUCUUUGAAAAUGAAGCGCAAACGGAUGAAUUCUGGGCCCUGUAUAUAGAUGGAGACGCGUGCGAGUCCAACCCCUGCUUUAAUAACGCCCAAUGUAAGGAUACCGUUGGCGGAUACAACUGCUUCUGCCUACCUGAUUACCAAGGGUACAACUGUGAAAUUGAGAUUCCUGGGCUGUGUGAGAAUGAAAACGGAGGCUGUGAACAUUUCUGUGACAUCAUGGAUGGGAAAGUGCUCUGCAGCUGUGCAGACGGAUACGUCCUGGAUUCAGACGACAAGUCCUGUUUCUCUAAUGAGACCUACAAAUGUGGCCAUAUCAUCGGCAAAGGCACCCGCAGUAAUUUCGGACACAUUCGACCCAACGAUACAAACACAAACUCCAUGGACCUCGACAAUAACUCUACCGGAGAGGUGGACAUUCUGAACCUUCAUCUCCCAAUGUUCCAGAUUCCCCCGAGCAACAUAAGCUGGCUGCAGGGGGGUGACUACCAAGACGACAUGGUGAUGGAGGACCCAGUGGUCCAAAAUAGGCUCAGCCACGCGCGCAUUGUCAACGGAGAGGAAUGCCCCCCUGGGGAGUGUCCCUGGCAGGCUCUCAUCAUGAACGAGGAGCACCUAGGAUUCUGUGGAGGAACCGUCAUCAAUAAUUACAUCAUCGUGACUGCCGCCCACUGCAUGAAACAAUCACGUUACAUCUACGUGGUUGUCGGAGAGUUUGAUACUUCGCUCUCGGAAGGUCAUGAGGCAGUCCAUGACGUGGAAUCAGUCCUGAUUCACAGAAACUACAGAAAAGACACCUACCACAAUGACAUUGCCCUCAUCAAACUCACCAGACCCAUUACAUUCACCCAGUACGUCCUGCCGGCCUGCCUGCCCAAGACCCGCUUUGCUGAAAAGGUCCUGAUGCGUCAAACGGAGGGUUUAGUGAGUGGGUUUGGCCGGCUGGGAGAAGGGCACAAACCCUCUACCACCCUGCAGCGCCUCACCAUGCCCUUUGUGGACCGCGCCGAAUGCAAGGAGUCGAGUAAGUUCCCCAUAUCCCACCGUAUGUUCUGCGCCGGAUACAGUGACAUAGAAAAGGACGCGUGUCAGGGGGACAGCGGCGGACCACACGUCACCCGCUAUCGGGACACAUACUUUUUGACGGGCGUGGUGAGCUGGGGUGAGGGCUGCGCUCGCCGCAAGAAGUACGGCAUCUACACACAGGUGUCCAAGUACGUUGGCUGGAUCAAGGAUAAAAUGAGGAGGCUGAUACCCGACGUCAAGCCUACUGACGCCACACCAGAGGCAGGCAGGCUGAAGAGAGACACCGCCCACAUCAAAAGGCUCUGGGCGUGAGACAAAGAGGCGAGCAUUGUGGCUUCAGUGUAUCUGUCUAUAUGAAAAUCAUCCUGAAACCUGGGCUGCAAGCAUCGACACAAUAUUUGGGGGUUUGGUUCAACAUUGUAAGGAGUGGACAAUGUCAACACCGUUCUAAAGUGGGGAGAGAGCAAUGACAAUAAAUAAUGUAGAGAUUAUAUUAAUGAAAUUGUGCUUUUAAUUUUAUAAACAAGUCUGAACAGAGAUUCGUCUGUUUUCUGUCGCUACAAUUUUAAUCAAAUGUAAUGUGAGUUGCUGCGCCGGCAAAUCGUGUACAAGGGCAAAUGUUGUGAUUAUUGUGUCGUCAACGUGGAGGAAUCACAUGAAUAAAAUUCCGGUUAA